AUGUCUCGUCUAAUGUCCUUCUUCUCUUCGGACGAUCCGGUCCCUGAAGCUAUUGAGUCACACCCUCUCAACGAGCUUCCUCCGACCACAGCCCAUAUGUACCCACCUGCGAGUGGUACAUUGGCUAGUGUAGAUCACGAUGACUGUCGUCCCUCAGCAAUAACUCACAUGUACCCACCGCAGCCAUCUGUCUGUAGGGUGAGAGAUGACGACAAGCAGUGGCCGAAUAAAGUCUUUCUCAAGGAAGUCGAUCAGUCGUUCAAGCUGUGUGAAGAUGUGCGCGAGCUACAUUUUAGCAACCAUAAUCUUCUACUCCGGAAAUGCAACACGCAGGUCACCUCGAAUGUUCACGAAUCAGAUAUGCAGUUGGCCAUUGCACAGUAUCAGCAACAGAACCAAUCUCUUCAGCGUGACAAUGCUAAUGCCCUCGCCUCCUUGGACCAGAACCAUCGUAAAGAAGUAGCAGAGCUUCAGAACAAUAUGGCACUUGGUCUUCAUAAAGCCCAAAACGAGGGCCGCGCUGAAAUAGAACACUUAUUGGUGGAGAAAGAGGUUCAAUUUGAACGCGAAAUGCAUUUAGCAAGAGAUAGGUUUUUGGCCGACAAUGAAGCUGAAUUAACCCGCUUGGAUGCCAAGUAUAGUUCCAAGAUUAAUUCGUUGGAUAGUCAAAUUCGACAUGCCAACACUGCAUCACCCGCGUCAACACCUGCCUGGUGGCAUCUUGUGGGCAAAAAACCUGUGGCUACAUGUACCAACAUCAUUGGAUUUUCACCAAUUUCUGAUUCCAGUUCAGAAUCUGAUGCAGAUGAGGAACUCCAGAUGGAUAGUAGUAUGCCCCUGACUUCACUCUUAGGAGACAUCCCGAUCGGGAACGCGACUGUCGGCAUGCUUGCUGAGGCACUCGCAAAGGUUCUUCAGAAUUCUCAAACAACGUCUCCCCGGGGACCUCGCUCAGGACGCAAACAGCCUAAACCCCCCGUCAAAAGUUUUACUGAUACCCAGCACCGGGAUAACAAGGCAAAUGUCCGAGAAUUGUUCAAAAUUGCAUUCCACGCCACAAAAGACGAAGAGUAUAUGCUUCAUGUGCUGGCGUCGCGCGAAGCCAUAUUGUCUUUCACACAUGGAAUAAGCACAGGUCCUGACCCACUUGCAAUGCAAUGGGAUAUGGCGACUACAUACAGGUCCGAGUGGAACCAAAAAGUCAUUGACUUACUCUGCACCCAGUAUACAACUUUGCAAGCGAUCAACCAAUGGUCUAGGCGAUCUCCUCAAUCAAUCAAAGAUGAUAUCAUAACGAAAUUCAGUCAAUGCCGCAGGUGUUGGAGAAAGGCUCAGCCUCUCAGCCUCAGCGACGGUACUCGCGAGACCAUGCAACAAGUGGGAGAUCGACUCGUGGAUCAGACGAAUGAGCGACUGUGGCUCGCUAGGGUCAUCACUCACAGGGCGACGAAGUUUGAAACUCGAAAAAAAGUCAUGUUGACGCUACUGAGUGAUAGGAAUGCGACAGGGAAGGAUGAUAAGGCUGUGUGGGUGUAUCUACAAUCUAUUGUGGUCUUUCAUCAGAAGAGUAUGCCAUGGAGGGCAGAUUUCAGUCACGAGAUGCAGAUUAUUGACCAACAGCGUUUGACGGGUGCCUCGAUCUUCACUCCCCGCGGAAACAAGCCUGCAAAGCGUCUUCGCAACACUCAUCGGGAGUCUUCUUGCAUAGCAAUCGAAGGCCUGCCAAGAACAUUCUAUAAUCCUUCCUGGUUGGCUGACCAACGUCUGUCAUUCACAGUAUCUAAGAAGAAGUCCCAGAAGAUGGAGAUUAUUGUUGCUCGCUAG